AUGAAUAAUCCAUUUUAUCUUCUCUUCAAAGCCGCCAGAGCCAUUAUGCUUCUGCAUUUUCUUCUUCUCUCUCCAGCCUCCUGUUUUAGCACUCAUUCUCUCCGGGGCCUUUUAUUUGAGGAGAAAACCAGGCUGGGAUCCACGCCGCCCAGCUGCCACAACAAGUGCAACCAGUGCCAUCCAUGCAUGGCGGUCCAGGUGCCUACAAUACCCAGCCACGAUCGGGUCGAAACGGGCAUGACCCGAUCCUUCCCAAUGAUGUUCUUCGACCCAUCUCAUCCGGGUACCAACAACAAGUACUCCAAUUACAAGCCUCUGGGUUGGAAAUGCCACUGUGGUGAUCACUUCUUCAACCCUUGA